AUGGGUCAACAACAAAGAAAGGAGGAGCAGAUGGAGGAGGAAGUAGAGCUGGCAGUGAAGGAACACCAUCUCUCAGAGCUGAGGAUUGUGCUGCUGGGGGUGAGAUGUGCUGGGAAGAGUUCAGCAGGAAACACUAUCCUGGGCAGGGAGGAAUUUGAGUGUGGAAGAAAAACUUCACAGUGUGUGAAGAGACAGGGUGAAGUAGCUGGGAGACAGGUCACUGUGAUCGACACACCAGGCUGGUGGACAAAUUAUACUGUGGAGAGCACUCCAGAGUUGAAUAAACAGGAGAUUGUGCGCAGUGUGUCUCUGUGUCCCCCAGGACCCUACGCUCUAUUCUUGGUCAUUGAUGUGAGUGAGUCAUUCACAGAGACAGACAGAAGAUCAGUGGAGGAACACAUGGAGCUUCUGAGUGAGAUAGUCUGGAGACACACUAUAGUGCUGUUCACCAGGGGGGACUGGCUGGGAGACACAACCAUUGAGCAGCGCAUUGAGGCUGAAGGGAAGGCCCUCCGGUGGAUUAUAGAGAAAUGUGGGAACAGGUAUCAUGUUCUCAACAAUAAGAACAGGGCUGAUGGCACUCAGGUCACAGAGCUGCUGGAGAAGAUAGAGGAGAUGGUGGCAGGACAUGGUGGCUGUCACUAUGAAAUGGACAGAAGGCUUUUACAGGAGGUGGAAGAGAAGAGGAGGGCAGUGGAAGAAAGAGUGGAAGAGAAGAGGAGGGCAGUGGAAGAAAGAGCAAAACAGAGGCUGAUGAAGGUGCAGGCACAGAGGAAGGCUCUCACAGCACUUUUCAAAGGAGAGGAACACCACCUCUCAGAGCUGAGGAUUGUGCUGCUGGGGGGGAGAAAGAGUGGGAAGAGUUCAGCAGGAAACACCAUCCUGGGCAGAGAGGAGUUUGAAUCUGAAAUAAGAACUGCACAGUGUGUGAAGAGACAGGGUGAAGUAGCUGGGAGGCAGCUCACUGUGAUCGACACACCAGGCUGGUGGAGGAGUUAUUCUGUGAAGAAAACUCCAAAUCUGGAUAAACAGGAGAUUGUGUGCAGUGUGUCUCUGUGUCCCCCAGGACCCUACGCUCUCUUCCUGGUCAUAGAUGUGAGCUCAUCAUUCACAGAGACACACAGGAUAUCAGUGGAGGAACAUCUGGGGCUUCUCAGUGAGAGAGUGUGGAGACAAACUAUAGUGCUGUUCACCAGGGGAGACUGGCUGGGAGACACAACCAUUGAGAAGUACAUUGAGGCUGAAGGGAAGGCCCUCCAGUGGCUUGUAGAGAAAUGUGGGAACAGGUAUCAUGUUCUCAACAAUGAGAACAGGGCUGAUGCCACUCAGGUCACAGAGCUGCUGGAGAAGGUAGAGGAGAUGGUGGCAGGACAUGGUGGCUGUCACUAUGAAAUGGGCAGAAUGCUCUUACAGGAGGUGGAAGAGAAGAGGAGGGCAGUGGAAGAAAGAGCAAAACAGAGGCUGAUGAAGGUGCAGGAACAGAGGAAGACUCUCAGAGCACUUUUCAAAGAGGAAUACCGUCUCUCAGAGCUGAGGAUUGUGCUGCUGGGGGGGAGAAAGAGUGGGAAGAGUUCAGCAGGAAACACCAUCCUGGGCAGAGAGGGGUUUGAGUCUGGAAUAAGAACUGCACAGUGUGUGAAGAGACAGGCUGAAGUAGCUGGGAGGCAGCUCACUGUGAUCAACACACCAGGCUGGUGGAGGAAUUAUACUGUGAAAGACACUCCAGAGCUGGAUAAACAGGAGAUUGUGCGCAGUGUGUCUCUGUGUCCCCCAGGACCCCACGCUCUCUUCCUGGUGAUUGAUGUGAGCAAGUCAUUCACAGAGACACACAGGAGAUCAGUGGAGGAACACCUGGGGCUUCUCAGUGAGAGAGUGUGGAGACACACUAUAGUGCUGUUCACCAGGGGAGACUUUGCAGGAGACACAACCAUUGAGCAGCGCAUUGAGGCUGAAGGGAAGGCCCUCCAGUGGCUUGUAGAGAAAUGUGGGAACAGGUAUCAUGUUCUCAACAAUGAGAACAGGGCUGAUGGCACUCAGGUCACAGAGCUGCUGGAGAAGAUAGAGGAGAUGGUAGCCAGAAACAGGGGCAGUCACUUCACCAUAUUGGACAGAGAAGGAAGUGAAUUAAGCUUGAGAAAGAAUCUUGAAGAGGAAUGGAGCAGAAGAGAGGAGGAGCUGAUAGAGAGGAUGUUGAAGUUGGUGGUCGACUCAGAGACAGAGGGACACACUCUGCCGGUCAGGAAGAGGAGGGACAGCAUGGAGUAUUAUCCUCCCACUAUGAAGGAACACCGUCUCUCAGAGCUGAGGAUUGUGCUGCUGGGGGUGAGAUUUGCUGGGAAGAGUUCAGCAGGAAACACCAUCCUGGGCAGAGAAGAAUUUGAGUCUGGAAGAAAAACUUCACAGUGUGUGAAGAGACAGGGUGAAGUAGCUGGGAGGCAGCUCACUGUGAUCGACACACCAGGCUGGUGGACAAAUUAUACAGUGGAGAGCACUCCAGAGUUGGAUAAACAGGAGAUUGUGCGCAGUGUGUCUCUGUGUCCCCCAGGACCCCACGCUAUCUUCCUGGUCAUUAAUGUGAGCACAUCAUUCACAGGAAGACAUAGAAGAUCAGUGGAGGAACACCUGGAACUUUUCAGUGAGAGAGUCUGGAGACACACUAUAGUGCUCUUCACCAAGGGAGACUGGCUGGGAGACACAACCAUUGAGCAGCGCAUUGAGGCUGAAGGGAAGGCCCUCCAGUGGCUUGUAGAGAAAUGUGGGAACAGGUAUCAUGUUCUCAACAAUGAGAACAGGGCUGAUGGCACUCAGGUCACAGAGCUGCUGGAGAAGGUAGAGGAGAUGGUGGCAGGACAUGGUGGCCGUCACUAUGAAAUGGACAGAAAGCUCUUACAGGAGGUGGAAGAGAAGAGGAGGGCAGUGGAAGAAAGAGCAAAACAGAGGCUGAUGAAGUUGCAGAAACAGAAGAAGACUCUCAGAGAGCUUUAUAAGGGGGACAAACAUCGUCUCUCAGAGCUGAGGAUUGUGCUGCUGGGGGGGAGACAUGCUGGGAAGAGUUCAGCAGGAAACACCAUCCUGGGCAGAGAGGAGUUUGAGUCUAGAAUAAGAACUGCACAGUGUGUGAAGAGACAGGGUGAAGUAGCUGGGAGGCAGCUCACUGUGAUCGACACACCAGGCUGGUGGAGGAAUUUCUCUUUGAAGAAUACUACAGAGCUGGAUAAACAGGAGAUUGUGCGCAGUGUGUCUCUGUGUCCCCCAGGACCGCACGCUCUCUUUCUGGUGGUUGAUGUGAGUUCAUCAUUCACAGAAGCACACAGGAGAGCAGUGGAGGAACACCUGGAGCUUCUCAGUAAGAGAGUUUGGAGACACACUAUAGUGCUGUUCACCAGGGGAGACUGGCUGGGAGACACAACCAUUGAGCAGCACAUUCAGACUGAAGGGGAGGCCCUCCAGUGGCUUGUAGAGAAAUGUGGGAACAGGUAUCAUGUUCUCAACAAUGAGAAGAGGGCUGAUGGCACUCAGGUCACAGAGCUGCUGGAGAAGAUAGAGGAGAUGGUGGCAGGACAUGGUGGCUGUCACUAUGAAAUGGACAGAAUGCUCUUACAGGAGGUGGAAGAGAAGAGGAGGGCAGUGGAAGAAAGAGCGAAACAGAGGCUGAUGAAGGUGCAAAAACAGCGGAAGACUCUCAAAGGGGAACACCGUCUCUCAGAGCUGAGGAUUGUGCUGCUGGGGUGGAGACAUGCUGGGAAGAGUUCAGCAGGAAACACCAUCCUGGGCAGAGAGGAGUUUGAGUCUGAAAUAAGAACUGCACAGUGUGUGAAAAGACAGGCUGAAGUAGCUGGGAGGCAGAUCACUGUGAUCGACACACCAAGCUGGAGGAGGAAUAAUUCUGUGAAGAAAACUCCAGAGCUGGAUAAACAGGAGAUUGUGCGCAGUGUGUCUCUGUGUCCCCCAGGACCCUCCGCUCUCUUCCUGGUUAUUAAUGUGAGCUCUUCACUCACAGAAACACACAGGAGAUCAGUGGAGGAACACCUGGAGCUUCUCAGUGAGAGAGUCUGGAGACACACUAUAGUGCUGUUCACCUGGGGAGACUGGCUGGGAGACACAACCAUUGAGCAGCACAUUGAGGCUGAAGGGAAGGCCCUCCAGUGGCUUGUAGAGAAAUGUGGGAGCAGGUAUCAUGUUCUCAACAAUAAGAACAGGGCUGAUGGCACUCAGGUCACAGAGCUGCUGGAGAAGAUAGAGGAGAUGGUAGCCAGAAACAGGGGCAGUCACUUCACCAUAUUGGACAGAGAAGGAAGUGAAUUAAGCUUGAGAAAGAAUCUUGAAGAGGAAUGGAGCAGAAGAGAGGAGGAGCUGAUAGAGAGGAUGUCGAAGGUGGUGGUCCGCUCAGAGACAGAGGGAUCCACUCUGCCAGUCAGGAAGAGGAGGGGCAGCAUGGAGCGUCAUCCCCCCACUAUGAGUAGCAGGACUCCAGCCCCCUCUGAAGCAGGCAGCUCUGUGUGGGAUGAAGAAUUGGCUCAUAAAUCGGUCAGAGAGAAGGUGUCAUGGUGGCUGAGAAAGACUCAGCCAGAGAGCUCAGCAUCAUCUGGAUAUGGAACAGGGAGCUCUGUACUGAGUGAGACAGAGAUGUCUGACCUGAUGAAACUGGAAGAGGACAGUGAUGCUGACACUCUGGAGGGUGACAUGGACUAA